AUGGGCGAAGACGCUGGCCAUACCGUGCCUCAGGGCGGCGGUGGCGGUCCCAAGGCGCCAACCCCAGCGCCCAAGCCUCCCACCACUCUGAAGCUCGACGACGUGACACCCAAGCACAGCGCCGAACACGCCAAGGCGGUCGAGGGAGACAUUCUUUCGCCUACGAUGCCGAUGACGCCGAAUCCCUUCCUCUCGCGAUCCAACACGCUCGACAUUGAUGAUUACUUUGUUGGACCUCGCGAUAUCUCGAAGCAUUCGAAAUGGCCCCUCUUCCUCCGAAUGCACGGCAGCAUUUUGCCCAAGAUGAUUAUCCCCCUUUUGUGGAUUGGUGCUUGGGCUACAACCAUUACCUGCAUUUCUAAGUUUGCCGCGGAUCUCGGUAUCAAUUCCGUCCUGCUUACCAUCACCGGUUUCGUCGUCGGUAUGGGUCUCUCGUUCCGAAGCUCCACGGCAUACGAGCGGUACGCUGAGGGACGCCGAUACUGGGCCCAGCUUACCCUUGCCUCGCAAAAUCUCGGUCGUAUCUUCUGGGUUCAUGCUCAAGAGCACGAUCCGGAUACGGAGAAGAGGAAGGCGCAUCUUCUCCAAGCCAUGACCUGUACCAACCUCAUCGUCGCCUUUGCAAUCUCCCUUAAGCACAAGCUACGAUUCGAACCCUACACCGCUUACGACGAUCUCGCCCACCUCGUCGCCCACCUCGAAACCUUCUCCGGAACCGCCACCGAAAAGGACCCGUCUAAGGCUGAGUUGCCGCGCAAGAACGCGUUCAAGGAGGUUGGCGAGUACCUCGGCAUUUCGUUCGCAGCGAGCAAUCCCCGCAAGAUGCUCAAGAAGGCCGAUCUUCCCCUGGGUAAUCUUCCUCUCGAGAUUCUCAACUAUAUUGGUCGAGUUAUCGAUAAGUUUAUUGCCGAGGGCAAACUGCCUGUUCCGAUGCAGCAGACUCUUGCUUACAACAAUCUCCUCGCCCUCAACGACGUCCUCACCGGCACCGAACGCGUCCUUAACACCCCCCUCCCCAUCGCCUACACCAUCGCCAUCUCCCAAAUCACCUGGGUCUACGUGAUGCUCCUCCCCUUCCAGCUCUACCCCGUCCUCAAGUGGGUCACCAUCCCCGCCACCAUCGCUGCCUCCUACAUUAUUCUCGGCAUCCUCUUCAUCGGCCGCGAGAUCGAGAACCCCUUCGGCCAGGACGUCAACGACUUGCCGCUCGAGCUGUUCUGCGACCAGAUCGCCACCGAGCUGGACGUCAUUGCGGCGCAGGCCCUCGAGCUCGACAACCUCAUGGAGCACGUCGAGAGCGGGAAGAAUCGCGUGUUGUUCCCGGUUAGCUCGGCGCCUUAUAAGAGCUGGAAGUUGAGGAGCGAGGAGAGGUUGAGGGAGGCGAUUAAGAAGAAGCCUUUGGCUACCUUUGAGGCGAGGUUUCAUCAUGUUGGGGAGACGGCUGAUGCGAGGAAGAAUGAGGCCGUUGUUGGCGAGACGAAGGUUUAA